AUGCUGUCGAUGGCCAAAUUGGAGUUUCUGCAACGCGCUGGUGCCCCAUUGGACAUCCCGCACCACAGGAAGAACAGCGACCGAAAGAGCUCAACACGCUUUCCGAGCUUCCGAAGCUUCUUCAGCCGCAACCGCAGCGACCGGAGCCACCCUGGCUCGAGCGCAAGUGACGACGACAGCUCCGGCUCCGAGGACGAGGACGACAUCGAUGUGGAAGAGGGGGAGAGCGGUCGUUUUUCUCGGAUGCUGAUGCACGUCGCACCACGUGAAGUGGUGCACAUGAGGGAGUCCUUCGUGUACAUGGUUGCUGGCCUGAAGUCUUUUGCUCGCUACAUGGACCCGGAAAUCAUGCGCAUCGUCGUUCAGAGCAAGCGCCAGGCCCAGCUGGGCAUGGGAAAGGCGCCGGUGACCAUUUUCUUCAGUGAUAUCGCCAACUUCACCACCAUUGCCGAGAGCUUGGACCCCGAGACGUUCAUGAGCAUGUUGAGCGAUUACCUUGACGAGAUGAGCAAGAUCAUCAUGGGCAAGAGGGGCGUAGUCGGCGAGUUCAUCGGUGAUGCCAUCAUGGCGUGGUGGAAUGCUCCCAUCGACCUUGGGCCCAAGCAUACCGAGCUCGCUCUCGCUGCAGCUUUGGACCAGCAGGACCGAGUAUCUGAGCUUCGAGAGAAGUGGAUGAAUGAAGGACUUCCAGAGGUUCGAGUUCGUAUGGGCCUGGUCCGGGGUACUGUGCUGGCAGGGAACAUUGGCAGCUCACAGCGCAUGAAGUAUGGUCUCGUGGGCGACAGCGUUAAUUUGGCUUCCCGGUUGGAAGGACUAUGCAAGUUUUACGGUGUGGGCAUCAUCAUCGAGGAGGAGGCCGCCAGUGCACCAGGAGUGCGAGAGAAAUUCCAUCUUCGCCUGUUGGACCUGGUGACGGUGAAAGGUCGGCACCAGGCGACGGAGCUGUUUCAGCUGGUCGGCGUUCAGGCUUCUUUGCCCGACUCUUUCGAAUCGCUGGAGGAAGUUCAGUUCUUCACCGAUGGCUUCACUCAAGUCCACGCCCUCUACCGUGCACGAAAGUUCGAGGCUGCCAGAUCCCUGCUCUUCACGUACCUUGAGCGGUUUCCCCAGGACGCACCAAGCAAGAUGCUUCUCCAGCGAGUGGAGACACUCUUGCAAGACCCGCCUCCUGCGGACUGGACGCCAGUCUACAUGCUUACAGAGAAGUGA